CAUUUCAACAAAGACCGAGACUACAUGCAGUGAAAACUUGAUCAAUGUCUGCUUCGGAACCAGUUUCUAAGUUUGUCUGACCGAUGAUAUGUAUUCACAAAUGUUAAAUUGGGAUUUGUCAGUGGAGCAAAUUGCUUCUUGUUUUCCAUGUUUGAUGGCUAAAGGAGUAUACGGUUUUAUUGUGAAAUCCAAAUGAUGAAUGGAUGAUUCAUUCUUACAGUUUCUUCUAACUUUGCUCCAAAGGGAUUUAGAAGUGAAAUCAUUUCAAUAAAUCCAUGGGCGGUGGUUAUUGGGUCAUUUCAGGUCCACGAAGAACUCACACACACUCAAAUUUAAAGUUUGAAUAAAUUGUCCUGUCUUUUUACAUGUGUGUAAUAACUAACUAAAAAGUUGUGAAACUCUGAAAGCAGGCCGCUCUCCUCAACUCUGCCAUACAGUAUAAAAACGCGGAAGUCAUAAAUAGGCUGUAACCAUGCUGUCAGACAUAAAACCCGCUCCAGCAGUGAGCGCUUUUAACAAAUACAUGAGACUUUUCUGAAGUUUUGGGGUCGUUUGCAUGUGAAGAAGCGGUGCUGUGGCCCGGAGUAGCUUGUCCCUCUGUAGUGUGAGGGGAAGCCGCCUGCCUGGCAUCUCAAGAUCCCUGCCCACAUCCAAGACUCUCCUGCAUGCUAAUCCUGCAGUGGGCUUUCGGGCGGGGCGUGAGUCAGUAUAAGAGAGGAGAAUGUAUGUGGAGGGGGGGAUCUCCUGUGGACCGGCUGCGACCCUCUGCUCCUCCAGUCCUGAUCUGCUUGCUCCUGUCGGGACCUCCCCCACCGAGACCAGCACCAUGGAUAGCUCCAGGAUGCUCAGAGUACUGCUGCUUGUCGGCCUGCUCUCGGUCAUGUGUCACGGUCAGGCGUCCCAAGAAGUCGCAGAGGACUUUGGAGUGGACAAACCAGAGCCAGCUGCAGAACGAGACCUGAUAGAAGCACUGGAGGCUCUGCUGGGCAGGAUGCAUAAUCGGAUUUCCUCCACGGAGAAAAGAGGAAGCAUCCCACUGUGUGGGAUGGGUGACCGGUGUGCCAUGAAGUUCGGGCCUCGCAUCGGGAAGCUCUGUGACUGCGGCAGAGGAGCCAACUGCAACUCGUACCUGCUCAAGUGCAUCUGAAGCUCUCUUUUCUUUUCCACAAACACAGCAUCACUUCUGCAGGACCAAACAUCCUUUACAACCUCAGCAGCAACCCCGACUCUCAUCGUACUGUCAGUCUCUAAUAUCAUCAUGCAUCAUUAUGCAUUGUUGUUGUUUUGACAGCUGUUGCCUGAGGAGAAGCAUGGGUUUUGUAUUGCUGACAGUCCUGGUUAUAAACUGUAGCAUGUAAAUGUUUCAUGUUUAAUAAACACAUUUAUCAACAUAGCUAUUUGUUAUUUAUUUACCCAAAGUUUACUCAUAGUUACAUAGGAUUUCUUGGACCAUGUUGCUGUCAUUUGUGUUCAAUUUCAGGGAUGAUAAAUGUUUUAAUUGUAAUACUUUGGAAUUUUGCAGCUGUGUAUUCACAUAAAUAAAUCAUUGUA